AUGUGGAUUGGAACAGAAAGCGAAUAUAUUUAUAUUUACUCGUCAGUCAAGGAUUGGAGAAAAUGUUUAAGAUGUAUUAAAAUGCCCGAUGCUGUUCUUUCAAUUUUACAUUCAAAUGGCCGUGUAUUUGUAGCUUUAGCAAAUGGAUGUAUUGCAGUAUUUCACCGAGAUAUGAAAGGUCGUUGGUCUGAUAUUGGUUUUCAUUUAAUGCAAAUAGGGCCGUCAGAUGCUUCUGUCUGUUAUUUACACCAAGUUUAUGGAAAAAUUUGGGCAGCUUGUAAAAAUUGUAUUGUUGUUUUUGAUCCGGUUACUUUGAGGGUUGAUAGUAUUUUCCCUGCACAUCCAAGAAAGGACAGUAAAAUAAGACAAUUUGCACAUUACGGAAGUGGUGUUUGGAUUUCUAUAAGAUUGGAUUCAACAAUUAGAUUAUUUCAUGCAGAGACAUAUCAACAUUUACAAGAUUUGGAUGUUGAAUCUUUUAUUAUAAAAAUGCUUGGUCCAAACAAAUUAGACUUGGUACUUUUACGAAUUACUUCUCUAAGUAUUUUGGAUAAAAGAAUUUGGAUUGGUAUUGGCUCUGGAAUUAUUGUUUCAAUACCUUUUGGUUGUGAAGAUAAUUCUUCAAAUAAUAAAUCUACAAGUGAAAAAGCAAAAGGACCAGGCCAAGUAAUUAGAGUAAUGAACACAACAGAAAAUGCGGAGGGGGAUAAAACUUCAAUAAUUCCUUUCUGUGAAAUAUCAAAUGCUCAAUUAAGCUUUCAUGGACAUAAAGAUCCUGUUCGUUUUCUAGUCCCUGUACUUGCUGAAGGUUUCUCAGAUUUGACUUACAAUUCAGAACAAACAAAAGCUUAUAUGGUAUCUGGAGGUGACGGAUAUAUUGACUUUCGUUUAGGUGAUGACACUUCUUGUGAAGAAAAUACUAACAGUCCAUCUCAAAAUAAUAACAAUUCAAAUGUUAGGGAUAUGUCUCAUUUACUUAUGUGGGAAAAUGAUUGUUCAUUAGAAUGGAUGAAGACUUGA